AUGUCGGCGCUCUCUGUUGCGUCGGCGUCGCCUCUGGCGGCCGCAAAGUCUCAGUGGGACGCGCGCCUGUCGGAGCCGAUUACGCGGAAGCCUCACCCGAUGCCGCACACCAUGUCGUACUAUGCCAAGUGUAUGCUCGGAGGUGUUUUGUCCUGCGGAUUGACACACACGGCCGUCACACCCCUCGAUGUGGUGAAGUGCAAGAUGCAGGUCUACCCUGAGAAGUACAGGGGUCUGAUUCCUGGUCUGCGCACCGUCGUCGCGGAGGAAGGUGCCGCGGGUCUCCGCCUCGGUUGGACUCCGACGCUGCUUGGCUACAGCAUGCAGGGCCUGUUCAAGUUCGGCUUGUAUGAGUUUUUCAAGGAUACGUACGGAAACCUGAUGGGAGAGGACUUCACAUCGAAGAACAAGGGUGCGGUCUGGCUCGCCGCCUCCGCCUCUGCUGAAUUCUUUGCUGACAUUGCGCUCUGCCCCAUGGAGAUGGUCAAAGUGAAAAUGCAGACGAGCCCGCCGGGCACCUGGCCUACGUCUUUUGGUCCGGCACUCGCCAAGAUGAGUGAGAUGCGGAAGGAAACCAAAUUCCCGUUCGGCAGCGUCGUGCCUCUAUGGAGUCGGCAAAUUCCAUACACGAUGGCGAAGUUCUACUUCUUCGAGAAAGUGGUUCAGCUCUUCUACGAUAACGUCUUCACCAAGCCCAAGGACUCGUACAGCAAAACGACACAGCUCGGAAUCACGUUCGCCUCAGGUUACCUUGCCGGCGUCAUCUGCGCAGUCGUCUCCCACCCCGCUGACACUCUGGUGUCCGUCAUGAGCAAGGCCGGCAACAAAGGAAAGAGCUUCGGAACCAUGAUUAGCGAGAUGGGCUACUGGAACCUGUUCACCAAGGGUCUCGGCACUCGCGUUCUUAUGAUUGGAACCCUCACGGGUCUGCAGUGGUGGAUCUACGACAGUUUCAAGACUGCUAUGGGCAUGGGAACGACUGGGGGUGGCUCGGCUAAGAAAUGA